AUGCCCAGGGUCAACAGUUACGCGCCUGCCUGGCUUUGCCGGCCCUCGCCUGGCGCAAGCCUGUUCGCCAGCAGCUCGGUGAAGAGCCCAGCGCAAGACCUGCAAAAUGGACACAAGGUACCUGCGGCCGACGGACCGACCAGAACAUUCGCCAAGAGAGGAAACGAAGUGUUCGCGGUAGUCGACAAUGAGAUCCGCUGGGCCAAUCUCGCGCGACUUAAGGAUCAGUGGCUACAAUCAAGACAGAAAAAGGGCACCACAAAAGAGGAUGCUAGAGAUGGCGCCCAAGCUUCUUACAGGAUUUUGACGGUGCCUGUUUACGGCCAAAUCAAGCAAAUCCUUCCCUCUCCGAAUGGCGCGUUUCUCGCUGUUGUCACCGAACAUACUGUCCACAUUUCUGUUCUACCGGAUUCCUCCCACCUUUCAUCCCCAGACACCGCGCCAAUUCGUCUCAAAACUUAUCAGCUCGGUCCCACCACCCAUGUUAUCCCCGAAGCUCCCGUGAUAUCGGCGCUGUGGCACCCGCUGGGACUGCACUCCAAUAUUGGAGGAUGCAUAGUCACUAUUGCCGCAGAUUCUGCGGUGCGCGUGUGGGAAUUGGAUCGGAAUAACCACUGGUCUUUCGACCAGCCUACGCUCGCAAUCGACCUCAAGAAGCUGGUGGAUGGCACUUCCUCCGACCAAGACUUCACACCCUCCGGCUUUGGAAAGAACAAGGGGUUUUCUGCCGACAUCUACGACAUGGAAGUCGCAUCUGCAUGCUUUGCCGGCAGCGGAAGCGAGAGGGAAGACGCGUGGGCACCCAUGACCCUCUGGGUGGCGAUGAAGCCGGGUGACUUGUACGCACUGUGCCCUCUGUUGCCGUCGAAAUGGCAAGCUCCAUCAGCCACCAUCCCUUCUCUGUCUGCGGCUAUCAUCCCGAAGCUUGCUGCAUUUGAAAAAGGUUCUGCUGAUGUCGAGGAGGAGCUGACGGCCUCUCGACAACAGUAUGAAUGGCUUCAGGAGAUCGAUGGCCAGGAGUCCUUGGACCCUCACUCCGGGUCUGGAGCUAUUGAGGGCGCCGACGUAUUCACUCGCCCAGCUGCCCCGAGCGCCAUUCCGAGACUUCAAGGUCCUUUUCGCUUCGAUACCGGAGAUGAGUUGGAUGACUUGGAGCUUUGCGAUCUUCUUGUCAUCGCCGCCAGAUUGAACGCCGACGAUCUCAUGAAGGGAGAAGAGGAAGAGCUCGCAGUAGACGCGAUCGACCAAGAUAAGCUGUCAGCGACUGUCAUCUGUCUCUCUAGUGGCCAUGGCCGUGUGCACAUCUGCCUGGAACUUGAUGGUGUUGAAGGCCAGUGGCUACCCAAGGCCAGGAAGAAUGCAUUCCGAACACCUCUUUCUGAGCCCGGGGAUUUGGUUUUGGUUGAAUCUCUUGAUACCGUCAAAAAUAACGGGGAUUCAACUACCUGGCCCACUUUCACUAAGGACAUCCAUUCUCGAUACUCCUUCUUUGUCACGACCGCAGCAAACGUGGUCUUUUUCUCCUUGUCUUCCUGGGUCCAAAGACUUGAAGCUGAAUUACAGGCCGAGGACACGGCGGGCUCGGGCUUCCGGCUCCAAGUUCUCUGCGAUGGGAAUGUGAUUCAGAGAGAGCGGAUCUUGCAAGUCUCGAACACCGAUGUCACUGCUCACACAGAACCCCUUUCCGCAUCCCUGAUUUUCUACGACUUCGAUCUUGGCUAUUUGCUUCUCACCUAUCAUCCGUCAAGUCCAUAUGCGGCGGUCAUGGAUGCUCCAGAGGACAGUUUCUCUGUAGCGGUGGAUCAGCGCCUGUAUGAAUCCAAGGCACUGGCACCGGGAUCUCCGGUCUUGCUCCCGCGGCGGGUCCCGUAUCAAGUCCCUGCCGUUCUCUACGCGCAAUCGCCACUGGAUUCGUUCGUCGAGAAAUACGUUCCGCACCGCCAGCGCCACACUCUGAAGGAACAGGUACGCCUUUCUCCAGCGACUCUGGAUCUUGUCGCUACAGCCCAUCGCGUGCUAUCCGCCCAUACAAAUGCUCUCGAGAGAGCUGCAUCGGAUCUGUUCCGGCGCUGCGAGCGCCUACAAGGCGAGAUGCGUGACCAGCUGAAGCAGCUCUCCGAUGCUGCCGAGCGCAUCAAGGGCGUUACGAGCGAGAUUGACGAAGAUGGCCACCGCAAGGAAGGAGCCCGAAACGGAGAAGCGCUGGACAAGAGAUUGCAAGCUGCGAGAGACAAGCAGGGUGAACUUGUGCAGCGAUACGAUGCCUUGCGCAAGAAGGUUCUCAAUUCGGGUGGCCGUCCGCUGAGCGAGAAAGAAAAGGCGUGGGUUGGAGAGGUGACUACGUUGUCCGAAUCACUUGGGGGCCCGGACGCGAAAGACCGCAAGCAAGACCAGCAACUGGCGGAGCGGUUGGAGACGGUCAAGCAUCUCGUUGUUGAGCUGAUGGCGGAGACCAAGUCCAUUGCAGCCAAGGCUCCUGCUGCUGCAGAGCCCGGUAGUCCAUCGUCUCCGGGAGGCGCUCAGCCCAAGGUGCCACAGCGACUCCAGCGAGCCAAGAUUGCGGAUGCAAUGAGAAUGGUUGAGCGAGAGUCCGCUGUUAUUGAUGCUAUCACCUCACGCCUGGAACGACUCAACACGACCAUAUGA